AUGGCCAACACAAUUUCGGAGCAGAUCGCCGUCGACCCGGCCGGCGACAACCAGUUCGUCUCGCGCUGCCUGCCGCAGCGCAUGGGCAACACCGCCAAUAUCUCGUACGGCGGCUGCACGUUGGGCCUGCUCUGCUCCGUCCGCAAGCUCCGGGACACGCGCACCUUUGCCACGCGAGAAGUCAUCGUCAGCCAGGAGGCCAAGGACGGCACCCGGAGGCCGUGCAUGAGCAUGCUCCUCGACUUCCAGGCGCGGGAGAAGGCGUCCAUGUUUGUCUUCUCCGCGCCGCCGUCCCGGUCCUACUCGCCCCCGGAAAAGUGUAAGAGCCGGACCCAGAUCGCGCAGACGCUCGUGGAGGAGAAGCUGGUGUCCGAGGAGCUGGCCCAUUUGCACAACAUCAUGUUUGGGCUGAUGAACCGCUUCUUCGACUCCCGCCUGGCGCCGGAAGGCAUCUCCGCCCAGAACUUGAGCGGGCUCGUUUCCGGGGCGCGCCACCAGCCGCCCACGAGCCACGCUCACUACUCGGCCUUGGGAUUCAUGAUGGACGCGAACCUCUCGUUCUUGCCUCUUACUCACAACAACCUAUCGCUGCAAGAUGCUGCCGCGUGCUCGAGUCUCGAUUUUUCCAUGAGGAUCUUUACCAAUGAUCUAGAUCUUACCAAGUGGCACAUGAGGGAACUCAAGUGCGUGGUCGGCCAGGAAGGAAGGACGUACUCGGAAUCGAGGUUGUGGGAUGAGAAGGGGAACAUGGUCGCCAACAUGUCGCAGCAGUCCAUCAUGCGGCCGAAGCCGGGACAAAAAGAGCCGAUUCCUCCCGCUGCGGCGCAAGGGGCGGCUCAGAAAAGCCUCCCCGCCCGCGACGGUGCACCCGGUGAUCACAGCUAUGAGCGCUCCAUAUUCGGCUAUCUCACGCAUCCCGACGAUAGUUACACGCCAAACGGCGUCUACUGGGCCGAUCUGCCCCUCCGCCAGCGCAUCGCCUUCGUCAACAAGGUCAACAACCAGGAGGUGAAGAAGGAGUGGAGAUCCGUCCGCAAAGCGACCAAGAAGAACCCCUUACGGCCCUUUAGCUGGUACUUCAAGAACGCCGUGCUCCCGGGCGCUGGGAUCGGACUCCAGGGUUACGUCCUCUUCUCCAUCGGCAACCUGCACACCCUCUUCGCCUCGGCGUGGCCAGAGUGCUGGAGCGACGAUGCGACGCAAUGCAAUGUCAACCUAGUCGCCAGCGUCAUGUACCUGGGUAUCAUUGGCAUCACCGUGGGCCAAAUCGGGGUUGGCAUCAUCGGCGAUUGGAUCGGGAGAAAGUGGGGUUUGAUCCAAGAUGCCGUGGUCAUGACCUUGGGCCUGGUGAUGCUGACGGCGAGCUGGGGCGUCAACCUUCAAGGUGUGGGCGUCGGCGGCGAGUAUCCCCUGACAGCCACUGCCGCCAUGGAAAAUGCCCGGAAGAAAGGCCCCAAGGCGAAGAGGGAGGAUAGGUUGCACCGCGGACGCAAAGUGACGCUAGCCUUUCUGAUGCAGGGUUGGGGUCAACUAAUCAACCAAGCCGUCCUCAUCAUCCUCUUGCUCAUCUUCAACAGCGGCCACGGCGAUCCGCCUUACACGAAAAAGGCGGCGCAACUCACGUUUCGCCUCUCCUUCGCCAUCCCCGCUCUCGGUACCCUCUGGCUCGUGUAUUACCGGAUAUUUGUCGUCAAGUAUCCGAGCGCCCCUCUCAACGACCUCAAGAAGAAGCGCAACAUCACCGGGUACGACGUCAAGUCCCUCCGCCUGAUCCUCAAGCACUUCGGGGGCCGGCUCCUCGCGACCGCUGGCACGUGGUUCUGCAAUGAUGUGUUUUUCUACGGCAACAAGCUAUUCCAGGGUCAAUUUAUCGCGGUGAUUAGCAACAACCCUGAUUCGGUGAUGGAGUCUUGGCUUUGGAAUCUUCUCAACAUUGCGAUAUCCAUGGUGGGAUACUACAGCGCGACGCUCUUCAUCGAUAACAAACUUUACGGGCGGAUGAAGAUGCAGCUUAUUGGUUUCCUCAUGUGCUUCGUCACCUUCAUCAUUCCCGCCUUCCAUUUUGACUACUUUACGAGCCCGGCUGGGAUUCACGGUUUCCAGACCCUUUACUUUCUAAGCUCCUUCUUCAUCCAGUUUGGUUCCAACUCGGUCACUUUUCUGGUCGCAGGUGAGGUGUUCCCAACACCCGUACGUGCCACAGCCCACGGGUUUUCCGCAUCAGUUGGCAAGGCCGGAGCCAUGCUCGCAUCCGUGCUAUUCAACUAUAUCGAUGCGCACACCAAGUUCCUCGUCGUUCCUUGGUUCGGCCUUGUGGGGAUGGUCCUCACGUUCCUGUUCUUGCCUGACACGACUGGCCUCGACUUGCAAGAGCUUGAGCGGCGAUGGGAGUAUAUCCUUGCGGGAAGGGAUGCCGAGUAUCACGGACGGUACGACGCCGAGGCGGACUUUGGCGCCCGGAUCCGCGACCUGAGGGAAGAGUGGGUCAUGUCGGAGGAGAAGAAGCGCCAGGCGGAGGCACGCGGGGAAUCGCCCGAAAGCGACGAAGAGGAAAAUGAAUUUAGCGACGAAGUGAGGCGCUACUUUGAACGGACGCGAGUAGGUGCUUAA